AUAUGGACACUUGUGCUGAACUCUUCUAAGUUCCUCCAAGUUGGCAAAGGACAGAUGAGUGUCAGAUGCUCUGUUUCCGGCACUUUUUGAUAGACAAAGUUCGGUUAAGAAACAAAACAACUAAACAAGCAUAGGGGAAAAAACAUGGAGGACGCCAUGGCAUGACGCUCUCCUAGCUUUACACAUCAGAAGGCGAAGAAGAGGAAGAUAGUAGAAGCGGAUGAAGAAGAAGAAAGCUGUGUGGAUCGGAUCAGUGAAUUACCAGAGGUAAUCCGGUUGAGCAUUCUGCCAAAAAUCGUUGCUUUUACGCGGAGAUUGUGCUGUAGAAGGUGAUAAGGAAGCUGUAGAAGGUAGACGAACCAAAAAAAUCGUAUACAUUAGGCCUUCAUUUGCCUGUACGACAUGAUGAGCAGCUUUGUGUGGCUCCAUCUUUUCUUCUUUCGGGCCAAGUGCUGCUACCUUGCGCCAUUGUCAGCGUGGGACAUGGGAAAUGAAGAUUGGGAUAUGGGAAAGUAAGAUUGAGAGAGAGAGACUAAUAAGAAAAUUCUUGAAUCCAUGAUUUGUUCCCUUUUCCUCUUUCUUUCUUGACUACUUUUACGAGACAAAAGAAAGAAAAAUGGCCCUUCUUUAGCAAUCCCCUGCUUCCUGAAUGCCAGGCUUUCUGCAAACUCCUCUGCGGCGCCUUUUUUUCUGUCUUGGGUUCACAUCCAAACCCUUUCUUCUUCUCUCCCUCCCAAUGUUCAGCUUCCAUUCUUCCAUUCACUAGUUAGAAUAUUAGCCCACGACACAACCCAAAAAGAAGCUAUUAUGGAGUACUCUGUUCCAGCAAUCCUCUGCUUCCUCUGCUUCACCACUUGCUGCGCCUUUACCUACGACGAUUCCCACGCAGGGAACUCCCCCGGCGCCGGUUUCGACGGCCUAGAAUCCCAAUGGAAGUCCGCCACCGCCACCUACGUCAAACAAUCCGACGGCGGCUCCAUCUCUCUGGGGGGAGCUUGCGGGUACGGCGACGUAUUCCACUGGGUGACCUACGGCAUGUACAGCGCCGGCCUGAGCGCAAUGCUGUUCAAUCGCGGCCGCACCUGCGGCGCGUGCUUCCAAAUGCGGUGCGUGGACCACAUCCUCUGGUGCCGCCAGGGGAGCCCCGCCGUAACCCUAACCGCCACCGACUUCUGCCCGCCGAACUACGCCCUCCCUUCCGACUACGGCGGCUGGUGUAACUUCCCCAAGCAGCACUUCGAGCUCUCCGAGGCCGCCUUCGCCGAGAUCGCCGAGGUCGACAAGGCCGCCGACAUCGUCCCCAUCCAGUACCGGCGGGUGAAGUGCGGGAGCAGAGGCGGCGGCGGGUUGAGGUUCACGGCGAGCGGGAGCCGGCAGUUUUACCAGGUGCUGGUUACCAACGUCGGCGGCGACGGCGAGGUGGUCGGGGUGAAGGUGAAAGGGUCGAGGACCGGGUGGAUUCCGAUGGCGAGGAAUUGGGGCCAGAAUUGGCAGUGCUACGUUGACCUGAUUGGUCAGCCGCUCUCGUUUGAGGUCACUACCAGUGAUGGCAAAACGCUUACCUCAUACAAUGUGGCACCGCCCAGCUGGCUCUUUGGUCAAACUUUUGAAGGAAAGCAAUUCUCUGGUUGAUUUUUUCCCUUCUUCUUGUGUUCUUCUGGGUUUGUGAAUUUGACUGGGUGGAGAAGAGUUGCUGCAGAAUGAAUGAAGGUGUUUUUG